AUGAAGGCUUGGGAGAAGACUGCCCAGAUACCUGCGAGGCUGCAAUGGGGUCUCGUGAAGCAUGACAAGUCCGAGCAACUGCUUAAGAAACUCAUCAGUUACAACGAUGCGAUGGUGUCUUUGCUGGACCGAGCAAUGAUCCAGCAAUUGUACGAUAUGCAAGCACAGUCGCAUUUGGUGAUGUUACAGCUCAGCAGCCAGAUCGAUGAUCUGAAAAGACUCGCUCAGGCGAAGCAGAUCCAGACGCAAGACAGGACUCCCAUGUUCCCAACCAUCAGCUUCAACGACCUGUCCGGAAUGUCCAAGAAUCAAUCGGCUGGGGGACCAGUAUUGCAAGGCUUACUAGUUUCAAAGCUGAGCAAGUAA